CUGGCCAUACAGCAAGGGUUAAUCUGGCCUGUCACCCAUCCAGCCAACGUCCCACUCGGUCCUAGUUGGAGAUCCGCAAACAUGGCCCCUCCGAACUCGCUUACAAAGGAGCUUGCCAUUGAUGCCAAGUAUGACCAGUUGUUCGAGACGACGCUGCGGCGGACGGUUUAUGGAACCGGCGUUGCAGGACUGCUGUCGCUCCUUAUCUUGCGUGGCGGCCAGAGCCGGGCAAUCCUGACCUCCUUCGGCGCGGGCGUGGGCUUUGGGUCAGCAUGGCAGAAGUGCUCUAAAGAGUUUGACGACCUUGUCCCGGAGCUGCUGAAGACCAAGUAAAGGCGGCGGUGUGAAUGGCGGCCAACAUAAAAGUUGACAAGUGGUGAAGUGCUCGUGGACCAGUGGCGGCUUGGAUGUAGUCUUGCAGCUUGGCAUGAAGCUGUGAACCUCAUGUUGGGUUGUUAGUUGGCCUCAGGGAGUCAGGGGCACUCCCUGGUUCGCCUCUUGCCUAGUCACGGUUGUCUGAGUUGUCGGGCAACGAAUACGAGGCGAGGGCGAUUGUUGUUAUUGACGUGCUUGAAAAACGCAACACGCACAAUCGAACUUGUUGAGGUUGUAGGGCAGUUGCUGGAGGGUGCAUCCGCAUACGGCAGGUGUAGAGCCACAAGGUCUGCAAUCUGGUGCAGUAGACUCCAAUGCACGGCAGAAGGUUAACGAUGAUGAAGGGUUAGGCAGAGCUUGCUUGGUAUUGGCAGAGUUUUGUAAAUCCGGUGGAUAGGUACUGCAUCAGGGAUUCCCCGUACUGCAUAUUUUCGUGGGUGACGACCCAGAAUGAAGGGAUGGAGCGCACCUGCUGCUCAGUCGUGCUGUGCCCACACGUAGGAUUGCGUCGUUGCGGCAAGCAGUGCAGGUUCAUGUGGCGUGUGCACAGGCCAGCCAGGUCUUUCUGCAGGUCUCUGGCCCUCUCCCUUACCCUUACCAACCGCCGCCAGCCGCUGCCAGCUGCAAAACUCGCGCUGUCGGCCUUUCGUGCAUCACACAGCCUGUAAGGUUCGCGGCUA